AUGGCCUCUGCACUGCGCCCGACGCUGCUGCGGCACACAGCCCCGGCCGCCCCGACCCGGCGAGCAAUCACCACCACACUCCGGUCGAAACAGCCGAUGCCAUCAGCUGUUGCCAAGGCUGCUGCUUUCCAUGCCUCGAGCAGGAGACGCCUGUUGCCUCCGGGUCCUCAGGUCAUCCACGGAUCUGUGAACGACCCGGCCCCGGUACCAUCUCCGUCGCCGACACACGGCUCCUACCACUGGACCUUCGAGCGCACCAUCGCCGCCGGCCUCAUACCGCUGACCAUCACCCCCUUCGCCGCCGGCUCGCUGAACCCGGCCACCGACGCCCUGCUGUGCGGCCUGAUGCUCGUCCACAGCCACAUGGGCUUCCAGUCUAUCCUCAUCGAUUACGUCCCCAACAGCCGCUAUCCCAAGUCACGCAAGGGCCUGAUGUGGGGGCUCAACGCUGUCACCGUGCUCGUGGGCAUUGGAUUGUACGAGUUCGAGACCAACGAUGUUGGUGUCACCGAGGCUAUCAAGCGCGUGUGGAAGGCCUGA